AGAGCCCCAAUGAAUGGGGGAGCCGGAAGCAGGAAGUGAGUUUGCGAACAGAGCAGCUGCUGGAGCAGAGCCCAUGGCGGACACCCAGUACAUCCUGCCCAAUGACAUCGGUGUAUCUAGCCUGGACUGCCGUGAGGCCUUCCGCCUGCUGUCACCCACAGAGCGCCUUUAUGCCCACCACCUAUCACGGGCCGCCUGGUACGGAGGCCUGGCUGUGCUGCUGCAGACGUCCCCUGAGGCCCCCUACAUCUAUGCCCUGCUCAGCCGCCUCUUCCGCGCCCAGGAUCCUGACCAACUGCGCCAAUAUGCCCUAGCUGAGGGCCUUACAGAGGAGGAGUAUCAGGCGUUCCUGGUCUAUGCUGCGGGUGUCUACUCCAACAUGGGCAACUAUAAAUCCUUUGGUGACACCAAGUUUGUUCCCAGCCUGCCCAAGGAGAAGCUGGAACGUGUGAUCCUGGGGAGUGAGGCCGCCCAGCAGGACCCAGAGGGCAUCAGAGGCCUCUGGCAGGCCUGCGGGAAGCUCAUGUUCUCUCUGGAGCCGAGGCUUCGACACCUCGGGCUGGGGAAUGAGGGAGUCACCACCUAUUUCUCUGGGGACUGUACCAUGGAAGAUGCCAAACUCGCUCAAGACUUUCUGGACUCACAGAACCUCAGUGCCUACAACACGAGGCUCUUCAAAGAGGUCGACCAGGAAGGCAAGCCCCAGUAUGAGGUGCGGCUGGCAUCCGUGCUUGGCACAGAGUCUGCCCUGGACUCUGAAGUGACUUCCAAGCUGAAGAGUUACGAAUUCCAGGGGAGCCAUUUCCGGGUGACCCGAGGGGACUAUGCUCCCAUCCUCCAGAAGGUGGUGGAGCAGCUGGAGAAAGCCAAGGCCUAUGCAGCCAGCAGCUGCCAGGAGCAGAUGCUGACCCAGUACGUGGAAAGCUUUACCCAGGGUUCCAUUGAGGCCCACAAGAGGGGCUCCCGCUUUUGGAUCCAGGACAAGGGGCCCAUAGUAGAAAGCUACAUAGGGUUCAUCGAAAGCUACCGCGACCCCUUUGGUUCCCGAGGAGAGUUUGAAGGCUUUGUGGCCAUGGUGAACAAGGCCAUGAGUGCCAAGUUUGAGCGGCUCGUGGCAAGUGCAGAGCAGCUGCUGAAGGAGCUGCCCUGGCCACCAGCCUUCGAGAAGGACAAAUUCCUCACCCCCGACUUCACCUCCUUGGAUGUUCUCACCUUUGCUGGAUCUGGCAUUCCUGCUGGCAUCAACAUCCCCAACUACGACGACCUAAGGCAGACCGAAGGCUUUAAGAAUGUGUCACUGGGGAAUGUGCUGGCUGUGGCCUAUACCACACAACGGGAGAAGCUAACCUUCCUGGAGGAUGAUGACAAGGACCUAUAUAUCCGGUGGAAGGGGCCUUCCUUUGACGUGCAGGUGGGGCUGCAUGAGCUACUGGGCCACGGUAGUGGCAAACUCUUUGUGCAGGACGAGAAGGGAGUGUUCAACUUUGACCAGGAGACAGUGAUCAACCCAGAGACGGGGGAGCAGAUUCAGAGCUGGUACCAGAGUGGGGAGACCUGGGACAGCAAGUUCAGCAACAUCGCCUCCAGCUAUGAAGAGUGCCGGGCCGAGAGCGUGGGCCUCUACCUCUGCCUGAACCCCCAAGUGCUGGAGAUCUUUGGCUUCGAGGGGGCUGAUGCAGAAGAUGUGAUCUAUGUGAAUUGGCUCAACAUGGUUCGGUCCGGGCUGCUUGCCCUAGAGUUCUAUACCCCUGAGGCCUCCAGCUGGAGACAGGCCCACAUGCAGGCCCGAUUUGUGAUCCUGAGGGUCUUGCUGGAGGCCGGCGAAGGACUUGUGACCGUCACUCCCACCACAGGCUCUGAUGGGAGACCUGAUGCCCGUGUCUGCCUGGACCGCAACAAGAUCCGGUCUGUGGGCAGGCCCGCCCUGGAGCGGUUUCUGCGGAGACUCCAGGUGCUGAAGUCUACAGGGGACGUGGCCAGAGGGCGGGCCCUGUACGAGGGGUAUGCUACAGUCACAGAUGCACCCCCUGAGUGCUUCCUCACACUCAGGGACACAGUGCUGCUGCGCAAGGAAUCUCGGAAACUCAUUGUUCAGCCCAAUACUCGCCUUGAAGGCUCCGAAGUGCAGCUUUUGGAAUACGAGGCCUCGGCAGCUGGCCUCAUCCGAUCCUUCUCCCAGCGCUUCCCAGAGGAUGGGCCUGAGUUGGAGGAGGUCCUCACCCAGCUGGCCACAGCUGAUGCCCGAUUCUGGAGAGGCCCUGGGAAGGCCCUGUCUGGCCAGGCUUGAGGAAGAUAUUUGUGGUCUCCUCUCCCUGCUCCAUCAAACCAAGGCUGCACGUGGCCCUCCAUUUGUGUGUGUAUUUAGGGGUGGGAGGUGGGGUGGCAGGAGCUCAGACCUUGGUGCUACCUCAGCUGAGGGUGGUGACACUGACCCCUGCCCUUUGUCAGCACUAUCCAGUUUACCAAGUGCUUCCUCUGUUAUCUCAUUCAUUCUGCACUUUGGUCUGUGGAGUGGGCAAGACGGGGUUCCCUGUCCUGUGUCCCAGAUGAGGAAAUGACAGUUUUGACAAGUGACUUGUCUGGAUUCCCCAGGUGGUAGUAACAAAAUCAGGGCUCAAACAUUCUCACCAAAUCCAAUGCUCUUCAUGUGUUACUUUUAUAACCAGAAAAGUAAAUAUUAGCAACAACCACA